AUGGAAAAAAAAAGUAGUGAAUGUGACGAUUUGUCUAAAAAUGACAGUGAAAAUAUUGUCACUUACAGUGACUGUAUUGUAUUAAGCGAAGAUGAAGUUAAAACACUUUAUUUAAAUGCUAAAAAGAAAGAAGAAUCUGAAGCCGAGGCUGCAGGAGACCUACAAAAUUUGUUAAAAGAGUGGGAUUUAACAGAAACCUAUGAUGAGUUAAAAUUUUGCGGAAUCACGUUUGAAAGACUCCGAUACCUCAGUAAGGAAGAUAUAGAUAAAAUUUUUCCUGGGAGAGAAAAUAUAGGUCUUCAGGUGGAAUUCAAACAUAAGCUGUUUUCAUGGAAACUUAAAAAUUUCCCCGAAGAAAUACCAACAGCAACCACAAUAUCCUGUCAUUCAAAUGUUUGCAGUUGGCUAAAAAAAAAUGAGACUGGGCCUAGUAGCAGUAGUGCUCCACAGUCCAGCUAUUCAAUAACAUCGAACAGCUCCGAACUUUUAAUAAAGCAAAUCACGCAUCUACGGGAAAUUCUAACAGCAUCAUUUGCUGGACAGGGCUUACUGGCUUUCUACAAAAAACAUAAUAAACUGGAAAAAGAAAACAGAAAAAUUCUUGUGAAUACCAUCGUUGAGUUUUUUUAUGACUCCACAAAAGAUAUAUAUAAUGCCCCAGGAUCGAAACAUUUAGACAAAAUAGCCGAUCAAAUAGUUGAAUUAUUCCCAACCGAAAAGAAGGAUAUUUACUUCAUUGCAAGACAGCCGCACGAAAAACCAAAUCCAAGCGGGCUUCUGUUCAACAGGUUUAAUAAUAUUAACCGGAACAAACGAAAGCGUCCGGUAGACCAAACAUUGGAUACAAAAAUUUUAAAAGUUGACACAGAAGAAUUUAAACCUGAGAUUCAAAAUGUUUCAUUAAAAAAUAAAAUGAAAAUAAUGCAAAAUUAUGAGGACGAAGCACUCGAAUAUUGGAAGAAAACGUACGCUUACCGGCGCUCAGAAAUAUUAAAACUCAAGAAUAUAUCUGAGAUAUUUGAGGAAUACCCCUUUUUUAAGCAGGCCGGGGGAGAAAAAUUUAUUGACUUUGACUUCGAAACUUUGUAUCCAUCCCAUCAGUUCGACCUCAUAAAUAUUUGGAGUGAGAUUGAAAAAUCUCUAAAUACGUUCUACGGAAAACACAUUAAGGACAAGCAGUAUAAAUUAUUAUAUGAAAAAUUAUCUUUCAAAGAUAUUGAUAAAAACUCCAAGGAUUGCAUUAUGGUUAUGCUGUUGAACACCGUCUUAAAGCCGACGUCGAGAAUUACAAUAAAAAAUCAGGCAAGUACAUCCGUUAAAAAAACAACUAUCAGUGAUGCAAUAAAUAGUUGCAUAGUGCAUAUUCAUACACUCAAUGACCUACAAAGAACACGCGAGGAAAAACUUAAAUUUUAUAUGGAAACAAAAGGGACAAUCCAACCAUAUAUGAUCGUAAUUGGUGAGGAUAUAACUAAGUUGGCUGAGUUUUAUGUAGUAAUUGGAGAAUCAAUUUUAAAAUUUACAUCUUUUAUUGCUGCUUUCGACAUUUGCUUUAAGGCGUUUCACGUUUUUGAAUUGUGCUAUCCAAAGGAGUCUCAGUUGCUUUGGCUUUUUGUUCAAAAAUUUAUUUUUAAAAUUAAAACAGUUCAUGAUUUUAAAAGUUCAGUAUUAAGUGAAUUUUUAGAAACCUUUAAAAAUUAUUAAAAUGUUAUGUUUCAAAUGUCUAUUUGAUUUCGAGACGUUGGCAGGCCUUGUUACACAUUUUAGAUUAAUUCAUGGGUUAAAUUCAACAGAUAUUUAUUCAUGUAUAUAUGACAAUUGCAAUCAAUUAUUUUCAAACUUAUCAGCUUUUAAAAAACAUACAAAAACAAUUCAUUUAAAAAUUAAAAAUCCAGUUAAACUCCCAACUUUAAAUUCAAUCAAUCAUUCUCAUUAUGUUUUAGAAACCGUAGAAGGCAAUAGUGAGCCAAUAAUUGCACCGUCAACAUCAUCUGUGCAAUCUCACAUAAGCUUUUCUCCAAUUAUUCCUGAGUAUUCAUCUCUUAAAAAAUCAAUAUCUUCUUGCUGUGAAGAAUUUUCCUUAAAUUUGCACACAAACAAUAAUUUUACCAGGAAAGAUGUUAUUCAAAUACAGGAAGGCAUUACUAAAAUUACUUUAAAUAUAAUCAAUAGUAUUAAAACUAAGAUUAUGAAUUAUAUUCCAGACAAAGAAAUGGAUGAUCUUAUAGAGUUUUUCGAUUUUUGUGGAGAACCGUUUUCAGAUAUGAAAUCUGAGUAUAAACUUUUCCAGCGAAUUCUGGAUUCUAACAAAUUUGCAAAACCCCAAAUGUUUACUAUCAAUAACGAAGUAUCUGAAAUAAUCUUACAGGGAAAACCAACACUAGAUGCAAGUAAUGUACAAGGUUGUAUAAUGCCAAUUGAAUUUCAGUUUCGUAAGUUUUUUGAGCUUCCUGGUGUUUUGAAUCAAACACUUAACAAUUUAAAUUUAUUAUUAGCUGAAAGUGAUAUAACACAUUUAGUGAAUUCAUCUUGUUUCAAAAAUACGGCUGUUAUCUAUGCUGGUAAAACUAUUAUACCAUUUUUCUUAUACUUGGAUGAUUUUGAGAUAAAUAACCCAUUAGGUAGCCAUGCUACUGUCGAUUCAAUUUGUGGUGUAUAUUACAGUUUCCCUACGUUACCCCAACAUCUUCUCUCGAAUUUAAAAUAUAUUUUUGUAGCAGCUUAUUUUAAGACUAAAGAAAAAAAAAUAUACGGCAAUGAUCCAUUUCUUCGGCCUUUGA